UUUCUCCUUCAAACUUCCAUUCUUUUCAUUUUCUUCUUCCAGAACAACAUACUUUAUCACCUCUUUCUUUCAAAUUUUUCCAAGAAUAAUACAAGAAAAAUCACCAAGUUUCAAGUUUUUUUCUUUUGAAGAAAUGAGGAAUCCUAGUUCACUCAAGCAAGAAUUUCUCAAGAAGUGGAUAAAGGGUCUUCAAAUAUGUAAUUCUACAAAAAAAAAAAUGAGUAUAAUGGAGAGAAAAAAAAUUAUAAAAUUAUCAGCAGAUAUAGCAAUGGCUUCAACAAGAAAAUCAACAACUUAUUGGAGUCAUGCACUUAUGGUAAAUGCUUCAAAAGAUGAUACAAAUAAAAUCAUCAUAGAAAAUAUUCUUGAAAAUGAUGAUGAUAAUAAUUCUAAGGGAAUUAGAAUUAUUAAUUUCAAGAAAGCUUCAAAGGGAAUUAUUAGAAGCAAAAAAAUUGUGAAAAAAAGUUGGAAAAUUUCAAGAAGAGGUAGAAAAAUUAUUUCACCAAAUAUUAUAGCAAAAAAAAUGGUGAAAAAAAGAACAAAAGUUCUUAAAAGUCUUGUUCCUGGUGGAGAAUAUAUGGAUAAUGCUUUAUUAAUUAAAGAAACCCUAGAUUAUAUUAUUUCAUUAAGAGUUCAAGUUGAUGUUAUGAGGCAUCUUGCUAAUAAUGCUAGUUAUGAGAUUAAUAAUCCUAAAAAAAGUUUGUAGUUUUAUUUUAUUUUUUUUGAAAAAAAAAAAUUAUAUGAUGAAGUCAUGAUAAAUUCCUUCUUUUAUUUAUUUCUUUGUUUUUACUCUUGUGGAGUUUUUUUUUUAUUAUUAUUAUUAUAGUACAAAGAAGAUGUAACAAUGUACAUUAUAUUUGAGCACUAUUAUAAUGAAGUUAAAUUUACAUAUUAAUGUUA